UUCCCAGCCGAUUGCCUUCUUCAUCCUGCUGUUCGCUCACUCACACUCUCACACACUCGGCCCCCAUGGCUAGCUCGGCACUCAACCACUCCUGGCCAGCCCUCUCCAAGCUCUGGCUGAAGCGAUGGGCCUUCAAGAGAGGCUCCGAGCCCAAGCCAUGUGUCCAGCCCUUUGACUCUGAAGCUGCAGACUCGGCCACCAAGAGCAGCAGGGGAGCCUGGAGGCCUGAGCACCCAGACUUCUCCGCCAUGGGGGAUGAGCAGGAGGAGGCUGCUCCGGGGCUGCUCGGCGGGAGCGCGGAGGACCUCAGCCUGGACCUGGGAGCCCUUCAGGGCAGCGAGUAUCUCCAGGACCUGGGCCUCGGGGUCCUUCCGCUCAGCCAGCCUGGGGAGGCCAAGGCCAGUGGCCCCCGCAGCAAAGAAGCCGGAGGAGACUCGCCCUUGUCCAGCUCGGCAGGGUCCCACGGCCUGUCUCGGAGACGCAGCUGGGAGAGGCCGCGGAGCUGCUCAGAGAGCUGGCGGAGGCUUAGCCUUGAUGCCUCAGCUGUGAAUGAGGGGCCCUGUCUCCCCCGGACGCUGGCCAGCCUUGCUCUGAACCUGCCAGGAGGGGGCCUGCAGGCCUGGACCCAAGAAUGUCUGUCUGGGGGCGAAACCCCCACAGAGCAACCAAGCAAGGAAUGUGACAGCCCCGAGAAAAGAGUGAGGUCACGGUCGGUUCCCUCGUCCUUUGAUGAGAUCAGCUCCCUGGAAAUCUUUCCGGCUUUGGAAGUGCCCACUCCAGCUGUUCAAGGCUUGGAUCCACCGGUGCUGGAAUGCAUGGAAAAGGACCACGUGGAGCCAGAUCAUGUGUUGAUUGUCCAGCAGGUCCUUCAAGAACUUCGGCAGUACCAUGGGGCCCGGCAGAGGGCUCGCUUGUCGGUCAGCCCUGGAGGAGCCCAUUCGAACCUCACCUGGUUUGAGUUCCUGUCUGAGAGCGAGGACAGCACGAGCAAGAUAGAGAGGUGUGACAAGAGAGCCAGGGUGAAACGCAGACUGAGCUCCCUCCGCAGUCGAGUCACCAGACAGAAGGAGAAGGGGAAGAGCCCAGUGCCUCUGAAGGACAAGGGUCAGGAUGCUCAAGAAAGGAAGGAGUGUGUCAACGGGCACCAGCUGGCUCGGGGAACCUUCUCUGGCCACUCCAGCUGCCCCCUGUGUGGCAAACCCUUUCUGAGCUCUGCAUCCCUGAAGGAGCACCCGAGGGCCACCCUCUUGUCCGAUGGCAGCCCGGGCCUGUCCAGGAAUGUCGGCAUGACGGUCUCGCAGAAGGGGGGUCCGCAGCCUGCACCCAGCCCGGCGGGAACGGGGCCGAGACUCGGACCGGUCACAGGAGAGAUGGAUGAGUCCGACUCUGUAUUUCUGAAACUUAAGCAGGCAGCCGACGACUCGCUAUCACUCACGUCUUCGAAUGCUGAGGCUAUUUUUAUAGAAGACCCCUACACUGCCUCACUAAGGAGUGAGAUCGAAUCAGACGCCCAUGAGUUCGAAGCUGAGUCCUGGAGCCUUUCUGUGGACACAGCGUAUGCAAAGAAACAGAAACGCGAGGUGGUGAAGAGACAGGAUGUGCUUUAUGAGCUGAUGCAGACGGAGGCACACCACGUGCGGACACUCAAGAUCAUGCUGAAGGUCUACUCCAGGGCCCUGCGGGAGGAGCUGCAGUUCAGCCCCAAGGCCAUCGGCCGCCUCUUCCCGGGCGCAGAUGACCUGCUCGAGGUGCAUGGUCACUUCCUGUCUCGGCUGAAGGAGCGCCGCCAGGAGUCCCUGGAGGAGGGCAGCGACCGGAACUACAUCGUCCAGAAAAUCGGGGACCUGCUGGUACAGCAGUUUUCAGGUGAAAACGGGGAGAGAAUGAAAGAAAAAUACGGUGUCUUUUGUAGCGGCCACAACGAAGCUGUCAGUCAUUACAAGUUGUUGCUGCAGCAAAACAAGAAAUUUCAAAACUUGAUCAAGAAAAUCGGCAACUUCAGCAUCGUGAGGCGGCUCGGCGUGCAGGAGUGCAUUCUUCUGGUCACUCAGCGCAUAACCAAGUACCCCGUGCUGGUGGAGCGCAUUAUUCAGAACACGGAAGCUGGCUCUGAGGACUACAGAGACCUGACCCAGGCCCUGAACCUCAUCAAAGACAUCAUCUCACAAGUGGACGCCAAGGUCAGCGAGUGUGAGAAAGGCCAGCGCCUCAAGGAGAUCGCAGGGAAGAUGGACCUGAAGUCCUCCAGCAAGCUCAAGAACGGGCUGCCCUUCCGCAAGGAGGACAUGCUGCAGCGGCAGCUCCACCUGGAGGGCCCGCUGUGCUGGAAGACCACGUCCGGGCGCUUGAAAGACGUCCUUGCUGUCCUGCUGACUGACGUGCUCUUACUGCUACAAGAAAAGGAUCAAAAAUACGUCUUUGCUUCUGUGGACUCGAAGCGCCCCGUCAUCUCGCUGCAGAAGCUCAUCGUGAGGGAAGUGGCCAAUGAGGAGAAAGCCAUGUUCCUGAUCAGCGUGUCCCAGCAAGGGCCCGAGAUGUACGAGAUUCACACCGGCUCCAAGGAGGAGAGGAACACCUGGAUGGGCUACAUCCGAAGGGCCGUGGAGAGCUGUCCGGACGAGGAGGAGGGGCCCUUCAGCGAGGCCGAAGAGGAGCGGAAGAUGGUCGAGGCCCGCGCCAUGAGGCUGAGGGACUUCCAAGAGCGACUGAACGCGAAAGACCAGCAGAUUGCCCAGAGCCUCGGCGAGAAGCAGCAGAUCUACCUGGAGAUGGCCGAGAUGAGCGGCCUGGAAGACCUCACCCCGUCGCGGCUCCUCUUCCGGGGAGGGGACCCCCCUGAGAACCUGAAUGGAGAGAAGAUUCUCAAGUCAGCCAUGAGCCAGAUCGAGGACAUCCAGAGCCUGAUCUGCAGGCGGCUGGGCAGCGCCAACGGCCAGACAGAAGAGGUGGGCAGCUCCGCGGCCCCACCCUGGAGAGUGGAGACCUCUGGAGGCCACGACAGCACGAGCAGCCUGGGCAGGGAUGGCAGUUUUAAGAAGAAGGUCUGCAGCAGCGACCCCGGCCCCCGAGACUGGCAGGGCCCCGUGGGCAGCCCGGACCCGAGGCUCAGCGACACCCAGGGGGCCCCCGAGGAGGCACCGCAGGCGGCGGAGGGACCUGGGACAGAGCCUGGCCCCCGGCUGCCUGCAGUCCUGGAGUCGGAGCUUGUCCAGCGGAUCCAGACGCUGUCCCAGCUGCUCCUCGACCUCCAGGCGGUCAUCGCCCAGCAGGACAGCUACGUGGAGAUGCAGAGGGCCGCCAUGCAGGAGCGCGAGAAGCAGUUCCGGCUGCAGUCCACGCGCGGGAACCUGCUGCUGGAGCAGGAGCGGCAGCGUAACUUCGAGAAGCAGCGCGAGGAGCUGGCGGGCGUGCAGAAGCUGCAGGGCCAGCUGCGGCUGGAGCAGCAGCGCUGGGAGCGCGAGCGGGAUCCGGGGCCCCGCGUUAGCACCUUGCUGUCAGGCGCCGGGCCCGAGUUCGCUGAGCGCCCCGAGGUGGCCCGCAGGGACAGCGCCCCAGCCGAGGGCCGGCCGGCCAAGAGCGACGUGCCCAUCCAGCUACUCAGCGCCACCAACCAGAUCCAGAGGCAGGCGGCCGUGCAGCAGCAGAUCCCCACCAAGCUGGCCGCCUCCACCAAGGGCGGCAAGGACAAGGGCAGCAAGAGCCGGGGCUCCCAGCGCUGGGAGAGCGCAGCCUCGUUUGACCUGAAGCAGCCGCUGCUUCUCAACAAGCUCAUGGGCAGAGAGGAGAACACCUCUCGGAGCCGCCGCUCACUGAGUCCCGUCCUGGCCGCUGCCACGCCCCCCCCAGACCCCUGCCUCCCAGCCCCAAGCCCGGCGCCGGCUGAGGUCCCCGCUGAGUCCUCCCCCAAGGCCUGGGGGGCAUCCCUGCCACCCAUAGCCCUGCCCUCCACACCACUUGACAAGGAAGAAGCCAGCAAGGAGGACGUCAUCUUCUUCUAGGGGGCGUGGCCCGAGGUGCAGGCCCCUCCCUGUGCUGCCCUCCCACCGUGCUCUCUGGGACCCGCCCCACUGUCUCUCUCCCCUUCCCAAACAGGCCUCCACCCACGACCACCUGGCCAGGGCGUGGCAGGGCUGGUCUGAGGCUCUCUCUGUAGGAUUAGCAGUGGUGCCUGGGCAACUUUGUAAACCUAUUUUUUUAUACAAAAAGGAAAGUUUUUAAUCGAAGGUUGAACCAGAGCUAACCCAAGAGCUGUGAGUGCAGCACCCCGUUUGGGUGGGGGGGAGAUCAACUGCAGGCUGUCCUUCCACAGGAGUGACCGAUGGUGGUGGGUCCGCGAGGAGCAUGGUGACAGGCCAGGCCCGUGGCCUGAGGAGGUGCUGACUCCGGGCUAGGCUCCACAGCCACCAGAAGGCACUGGUGGCGCCGGAAGGGCCUAGUGGUAUCAGCUCUGUCCACAGAAUCAGGCAGAACUGACUUCCACAGCAGAGGUCUGCAUGUGUUCAUGGUGGGCCUCAAGGCCAGGACAGGAGCCCAGACAAGGGGCGGCACACAGCUCCCCCGGGACAGAGGGCCACAGGGCAGGGCAGCCGGAGAGGUUGGCCGGCAGUGUGCUCGGCAGGCUCUGUAGGUGCACAAGGUCGUCCUGGAAGGGCCUGACCGUCACUCGUUUUUAUUUGGUGGAGGUUUUUAAAACCUGCUGUUGUCAAACUUGGUGCUUUCCCGAGGCGCCGCACCAAGGCGGCAUGGUUCUGUGGGCCUCUUGGACACCAGGCACCCAGGAAGCCAAGACCAGAGCUUCAGCCAGGGCUGGCACACACCCAAGGGUCCCAGCCCAGGCAGAGGGGCCUGAGUCCCUGUGAGACAGGCCAGUUGUCCCAGGGCUGCCAGGGGGAACUCCCAGGCUCAUAUCCCCAGCCAAGGGGCAGGUGCUGGGGCCAUGCAGAGCAGUGGGGUGAAACGCUAGAGUGAUCACACGUGGCCUAGGUUGGUGACUUUUGCCAGCGAGUGGACAGAUGGCCACCUGGCAGGCACCUCCACGUCUAGUGAGCUGUCAUAGCUCAUGGUCAACUUCCCCUGGAGGAGGGCGAGGGCCACCAGUCCAGCCUCUCGGCCAUAGGUGUUGGAGAUGCUGUCACAUGUCCAGGAACAGUCCGGCGGUGGCAAGAGGUCAGAUUCCUGUACCAGCUCUGGCCACACUCAAGCUUGGGUGCCGGGGGUAGGGGUGUCCCAGCCUUCUCCUCUACCCCUGACUCCCUCAUGGAACCCAGAGUCUUCUGAAGCCACGGAACUUCCCAAAGCAUUGGUGGAAGACUGGGUCCUAGGUGGAGCAGGAGCCUGGGCCCAGCAGGGGUGAGGCAACACGGCCAGCUGGUGACAAGGAACUGGCAGCAGGUCCGGACCUCUCCCGAGCCCGGUAACUGCCCUGGCGUCUUCAGCUCCUCUGAGAACCUCCCCAGCCUCACCCUUGCCUGCGGGCCCGCAGCACCAGCAAGGAGCCAGGAGCAGCAUCGCCCCCCACGACACGAGCGAGCUCCUCCGUGCCACACCGACAGUCAGUGUUUGUUUUGUACUGAGACGCAUUGGAGCACUUUAGAAAAGUUGACUUUUAGUUCCUGUCCUAUUGUGAAGAGGACGUUCCUGGGCCACGUGGCCCCACCCACGGGCUCCAUCUGACCCUCCGAGAGGAUUCCUUGGGCGAUAAGGAGUUCAAGGAGGUUUCUGACUAGUGCCAGCGGCCGGGCAGCACCGUGGGCGCAUCCCUCCCCGUACUGCAAGGUCACUCCUGGGUCGAGCCCAGUGUUACCUGUAAAGUUGGUGGUUGAGCAAAUGUUCUGAUUUCUGUGGGAUCUGUGCACGUCUUUGUUAAUUGUGACCAAGAUCUUAGUCCACCCGACAAUUAUUUCUACAAUGAUCGCAGCGUUUCCUCACUGCAGGGUAUUUCAGAACCACCCUAGAACUUAAGACCUGAUUCUAGCAAUAAAAGUGUCUGAGAUGAGCUGAC